GCGGUGCUCCAGCUGGCGUGCGUCUUCGUGGCGGGCGGCUUCUUCUCCUUUGUGCGCGGCUACCUCUUCACGCUCGCGGGCGAGCGCGUCGUCGCGCGGCUGCGGCGGCGCCUCUUCUCGGCGCUCGUGCGGCAGGAGGUCUCCUUCUUCGACGCAAACACGACGGGCGAGCUGAUGAACCGGCUCGCCUCCGACACGACGGUGAUCCAGAGCGCCGUCACGGUCAACGUGAGCAUGGGGCUUCGCUUCGGCGCGCAGGUCGUCCUCGGCCUCGUCCUCAUCUUUGCCGAGAGCUGGAAGCUCUCGCUGCUGAUGCUCGCCGUCGUGCCCGCCAUCGUCGCGGUGGGCGUGGUCUACGGCCGGUUCAUGAAGCGGUUCUCGAAGCAGUACCAGGCUGCGCUCGCGCGCGCGGCCGACGUGGCGCAGGAGUGCUUCUCGGGCAUCCGCACCGUGCGCAGCUUCGCAAACGAGCCGCGCGAGGCCGACCGGUACGACGGCGCCGUGGACGAGAGCUUCGGCUUGGGCAGGAAGAAGGCGCUCGCAUAUGGCGCUUUUGGGUCCCUCAUCGGCACUACCGGCCAGUUUGCAGUCGUCGGCGUGCUGUGGUACGGCGGGGCGCUGGUCAUUGCGGGCGAGAUGAGCCUCGGCACGCUCACCUCCUUCCUCCUAUACACGGUCGUCAUCGCCGGCUGCCUCGGCGGCCUCAGUGACCUGUUCGGCUCGCUCAUGAAUGCGCUCGGCGCCUCGUCGCGCGUCUUUGCGCUGCUCGACGCCUCGCCCGCCCGCCCGCUCGCCGAAGGGCUGAGGCCCGAGCGGGUGCGCGGCCAGCUCCACCUCUCCGACGUGAGCUUCUCAUACCCGGCGCGGCCCGAGGCGCUCGUUCUCGACGGAGUGAGCCUGCGCAUCGAGCCGGGCAGCGUCGUCGCGCUCUGCGGGCCUUCCGGCUCUGGCAAGUCGACCGUCAUCGGGCUGCUCGAGCGGUGGUACGAGCCGACCCGCGGAAGCAUCACCCUCGACGGAGUGCCCCUCGCGAGCAUCGACGGCUCGUGGUGGCGGAAGCAGGUUGCGCUGGUGGCGCAGGAGCCGGUCCUCUUCGCCUGCUCGAUCCGGGACAACAUCGCGUAUGGCAAGCCCGCCGCCGCCGACGACGAGGUGCGCGCGGCCGCCAGCACGGCCAACGCGGAGGCCUUCGUGGACGCCUUCCCGCGCGGGUUCGACACCAUGGUUGGCGAGCGGGGCGUCCAGCUGUCGGGCGGGCAGAAGCAGCGGAUCGCCAUCGCGCGCGCGCUCCUCGUCGAUCCAAAGGUGCUGCUGCUCGACGAGGCGACCUCGGCGCUGGACAGCGAGUCGGAGUUUGUCGUGCAGGAGGCGAUCGACAGGCUGAUGGCGUCGAGAACGACGGUGGUCAUCGCGCACCGCCUCUCCACCAUCCGAGACGCCUCGCUCAUCUGCGUGGUGUCGAAGGGACGGAUCGUCGAGCGCGGAACGCACCAGGAGCUGAUGGCUGCGACUGGGCUGUACAAGCAGCUGACCGCGCGGCAGGCGCUUGGCCCGGGGGGGGGGAGGCGGAUCGGGAGCGGGCCGUGA